GCUCCCGGGACCCACGAGGGCGUGGCCGGCCGCUCUAGGCCAGGACCGGAAGUGCCCGGGAACAGCGCCGCACGCGUCGAUGCACUUCCGGUCCUCGCGGUUUCCGGCAAGCGGCGCUGCGGCCCCGGGAACGCGGCGCUGGCCGUUAGCCCUCGGGCAUCCUGGGAGUCGUAGUUCGGCCUCCCAGCCUCCCUCCUGGCCUUAGUCAAUUCCGGUCUCUUCGCGAGAGAGCGCCGUUUCCGGGAGGGAAGACAGCGAAUGCGCAGAGGCCACACUCCCGAUAGGCCUCGGGAAUAGCGGCCCAGUGAUUUGUGGGAAAUGUAGUUCUUCAGGCGCGGAAGCCGCGGCCCUCGGCCGGCAGAGGACUCAGUUUCCCAGAGGGCCGAGCGCGGUGCAAGAUGGAGGCAGCCAGGCCGCGGUGAGCCGCUCUAAAACAGACACCAUUGGCGUUUACUUCGUGUCCCCUUUCCUGGAGUUGUGCCUUCAUUUUGGGAGUCACGCGAGGCCCAGAGGAAUGGAGAUCUUGCCUGUGUUUGACCUGGUGCCGGGCACUCAGAGACACUGCAGGUCUGCCUGGCCUGGUCCUCGCCAGCCACUGAGCCACUGAGCAGAGCCGUGCCUGGCGGGGGCCGUUGCGACCAAGAACCUUCUCCAGCGCUCGGCCCACCAGCCGUCCAGCACAGGCACCCAGCAGCCAGGGAGGUGCAGCGUGGCUGGGGGACGCAUGGCUGAGGCAGGGGACGGCCAGCACUCGGUUGGCUCCGGGGGUGCCGCUCUGUCUCCUGACCCCGUCUGCCUCAGCGACUCGGACUCCGACCUCAGCCUGCUCGACGAUGCUGAAGUGGAAGCUCUGUCUCCAGGGGGGCUGCCCGGGGAGGCCCCGGGGGAUUCGGGCCCCGAUGAGCCCCCCUCGCCCCCCUCGCCCCCCAGGAGCUUCGCCACAGCGGCGGUGCAGCCCUUCCACCUGAGAGGCACGAGCCCCACCUUCUCCCAGCGCAGCCACGACAUCUUCGGCGGCCUGGAGCGGGCAGCCAGGCGGGCUCCGCCCUCUGCGGCCCCAGCCGGCCCUGGCGACAGUGGGGGCUUCCGGCAGCCGCUGACACUCUCCAGCCGGCCUCCAGCCGGGGGCCCGAGCAGGGCCACUCAGAAUCCCGCUCCCCUGAGGGUGCCCCCCGUUCCUGACUACGUGGCCCACCCCGAGCGCUGGACCAAGUACAGCCUGGAGGGUGUGGCUGAGGCCAGCAAACAGAGCAACCGGGCCGCCGCCCUGGCCUUCCUGGGCCCCCAGAGCCUGGCCGCCCCCAGCGGCUACGUGCCCUCCUUCAACCAGGACCCCUCUAGCUGUGGGGAGGGCCGGCUCAUCUUCUCCAAACCGGUCCGAACCGGCGAGGCCCGGCUUGAGAAGAGGAGGGUCCCGAGGAAGGCAGGGGAGCCGGGUGGGAGCCCCCGCGGGAUCCUGGGGGCGGCGGGGGGCGAGGGCCCCGUGGAGCUGGCCCACCUGGCCAGGCCCGGGAGCCCGGAGGCCGAGGAGUGGAGCAGACCCCGGGGGCGCCUGCAGGAGGUGGGUGCACCCGAGGGGGAGGCCCUCGCGGGGUCUGGGGCCAGCGCCCUGCCAGGGGAGGCGGUGGGCUUCCACAGCAGCAGGAAGCGGAGCAGGGACCACUUCCGGAGCAAGGACAGCAGCCCCGAGGCCCCAGGCGCGGACGUCUGAGCGGGGAGACCGCCUGGCCGCCUGCCCUGGCCGAGCUGGAGGGAUGGCCACCACUGUCCCCCCGGGGUGGCUUCAGGGGCGGAGCAGGCCCGGGGCCCCACCCCCAGGGAAGGGAGCCAGCGGGCUGCGUGUCGGUGGCACCAGCGACCAGGGCAGAGACCUUGCUGAGGGUGUGGGCCAGGGGUUGGCGGGAACCCUGACUCACCCCGUGCCCAGGGGCACAGUAAAGGCUCUGGGUGUUC